AUGAUGGGGACUCCAACUCGCAAGGCCGUCAUGGCUGCUCUGCUCGCCGUCGUGGUCGUCAUCGCGGGUACGCAUCGUGUGUUCUCCUGCGCUCGCAUGCUCAUUUGCUCGCAUAGUCAGCCUGCACCUCACACAGCGACAAAGGCCCAAACUUGGCUUGCUCACUCGCAUCUUCAUGGUCGGUCCCCCAAUGCCGCACACACCGCCCCCCUCCGUGCGCCCCCCACCCCACGUGUCCCAUUCCCACAGUCGCAGCAGCUGCUCCGGCGGCGAGCGCGGCAGCCCUG